AUGGCGCCUUCAGCUCCCUCAUUGUCUCUGGACAAUUACAACCUACAGUUCGAAAAUGUAAUGCGACAGUCGACCUUGGAUCCUAUGACUGGAGCACCACUCAGCGAUGACAAGUCUACGAACGCACCUUCUAUAUUAGCGAUCAACGGAGCGCUAUGCGGAGUUACGUUACUCGUUGUUCUGGCGCGAUUCUAUGUUCGGUCUGUGAUGUUGAAAAGUGUUGGUGCCGAUGAUUGGUUCAUGGGGUUAGCAAUGGCUUGCGGCGUUGGAACUUUCGUCUGUUUCAUUGGAGAGACGCAUCAUGGGAUUGGAAUGAAUUCAGACGCAAUUCCAUUCGCGGAAACAAUCAAACAAUUGCAUUGGAACUUUUUCCAUUCCAUUAUCGUCACAGUAGGAAUCUCCUUCAUCAAACUAUCCAUUGCUUUCUUUUUGCUGCGGUUGGUACCAAGUAAGAAAUACAAGAUGUUUCUGUACUGUACUAUUGCUUUCUUAGCGGCUUUCCUGCUCACGAGUGCUUUUACUAUUAUAUUUGCCUGCCUUCCAGUCAGAGCAAACUGGGAUCUUGUGCUUGCCAAGACCGCGAAAUGCUACAGCAAAGACACCUUUACUGCAAUCGGACUUUUUAACAGCUCAAUCAACAUCAUCACUGAUGUCCUGUUCGCUACCCUACCUAUCCCUAUGGUUUGGAAUUUGCAAGUCAACAUGCGAACCAAACUCUCGCUGGUUGUCAUUUUGAGUUUAGGAUUAUUCGCCUGCGCCGCAGCAAUAGUCAAAACAGUCCUUCAGUCAAAGCUAUACGUAACGCCAAACACCACUCGAAACGAUACCUAUUUCAUCUGGAACAGCGUCGAGCUCUACAUCGGAAUCCUCGCCGCAUCUCUACCUUCCCUACGACCACUAUUCAAGAGCUUCCUCGAUUCUACAAAAGCGUUGCGCACGAAGAUGUCCAGCAGUGGGAACCAGAAAAUCGGUACCAGACACAAGUAUUACAUGCAGGAAGACGCGAUUGCGAUGUCCAACAUGGGAAGCUCGAACGGGAAGAACAGGAAAUACGAUGUCAAAGUCACAACCAAGGACAUGGACAAAGACGAUUUCGGUACCAAGAGUACGCAAGAUGGUGGAAGCAGCUACGAAAGUGUGGAAGGCAUAUUACCGAUGCAGGGGAUACAGAAAACAGUCAAUAUCAGCGUUACGAGGUGA